AUGUUGUUGCAACCGCUGGUAAUGCAUUUAAGCCACUUGCUCCGGCUUAUAGUUGGUCAAUACUUUUCUGGAUUUUCAUCCAUUCUGAUUGUCUACAAUAAUUCCGGCAUUGCGACACCUCUUCAACUGGAUUAUUUAAGUGCUUUGGAAUUGGUUCUACGGGAUUUGCGUCAGCCUAUAAGGCUUCAAUGGAUAAAUGUGGCACUAUUAAAGGAUUUGACGGCCCUGGAGGAUCAAGUUAUGGGUGCUCUUAACAGCAGUGUCACCGAGGGAUUUAUCACUAUCUUGUCGCAGACUAACCACUUUCUUCACGCUCGGUACUAUGCCACUCGAAAUGCUAAUGUGCGUCUUAAAGACAAACGGUAUUUGUUUCUUUGCGAGGACGAAAGCCCUGCGGAAUUGCUGUCCAUAGAUAUACUGCAGUUCUAUCCCCACCAUCUGAUGGUGCGACCUGGAACUGGACCAAAAACAAGACCCCCAUCACCACUCCCCGAGAGCAAAGAAGGCGCAGCGGUAAACACGAGAAACAAGGACGAUGGAGUGGCCCGAGUGGCAGGGACAACCACCACUUCGCCCUACCGCGACAUCAAUUUCGAGCUGUGGACACAAAAGUUUGUCGGUGCCUUUGGUAAUUUGGAUGCCCUGCUCCUGGACGCAUUCUUGCCGAACCAAACUUUUGCCAAGCGGGUCGAACUUUAUCCCAACAAGCUGCUCAAUCUGCAGCACCGCAGCCUGCUCGUUGGCUCCAUUACUUAUGUCCCAUAUACGAUUACUAAUUAUGUGCCUGCUGGCCGGGGAAACGUGGAUCCCAUUCACCCGGCGAAAGCCAACCGUUCGGUUACCUUCGACGGGGCCGAGGCCAAUGUGAUGAAGACCUUCUGCCAGGUGCACAACUGCCAUCUGAGAGUCGAACCCUAUGGUGCUGACAACUGGGGCGGAAUAUACGACAACGAAUCGAGUGAUGGAAUGCUGGGCGACAUCUACGAGCAACGCGUGGAGAUGGCCAUUGGUUGCAUCUACAAUUGGUACGAUGGAAUUACGGAGACCUCGCAUACCAUCGCUCGUUCGUCGGUGACCAUAUUGGGUCCAGGUCCAGAACCCCUACCCAGUUGGCGCACUAACAUUAUGCCUUUCAGUGACUUUACUUGGCUAAUGCUUAUAGUAACAUUAACGAUUUGUGGCACCUUUCUGUAUUUCAUACAAUAUGUCAGUUAUCAUCUGGGGCUUUAUUCCAAUCAAGAGACAUUUCAUCAUGGUAGGAAGCUUGAAAAAUCCAUGCUGGACAUAUUUGCUCUUUUUAUACAACAGCCAUCGGCUACUCUGAGCUUUGACCGAUUUGCACCACGAUUUUUCUUGGCGACUCUUUUGUGUGCCACAAUCACUCUGGAAAAUAUAUACAGUGGCCAGCUGAAGUCGAUACUCACUUUUCCCUUCUACUGCGCCCCAGUAGACACCAUCGAAAAAUGGGCCCAGUCGCAGUGGAAGUGGGCUGCUCCCUCCAUCAUCUGGGUGCAAACAGUCCAGAGCUCCGAUCUGGAAACGGAACAGAUAUUGGCCCGCAACUUUGAGGUGCACGAUUAUGGCUACUUAAAUAAUGUCAGUUUUAUGCCCAACUAUGGGUUCGGAAUCGAACGACUGUCUUCGGGUUCGCUAUCCGUUGGCGACUAUGUGUCCACGGAGGCUCUGGAAAACCGUAUUGUCUUGCAUGACGAUUUGUAUUUUGAUUAUACGCGGGCUGUUUCGAUACGUGGUUGGAUUUUGAUGCCUGAAUUGAACAAGCACAUUCGGACUUGUCAGGAAAGGGGUCUAUAUUACCGCUGGGAGCUGGAGUUUAUUGACAAGUAUAUGGACAAAAAGAAACAGGAGGUGCUUAUGGAUCUGGCCACUGGGCACAAGGUGAAGGGGGCUCCUCAGGCAUUGGAUGUGGACAACAUUGCCGGCGCUCUGUUCGUCCUGGCCUUUGGGCUCACCUUCGCUGGAUGUGCCCUAGUGAUGGAGUUUCUGAUCCACAGAAUGGAAAUAGGCAAAUAA